AUGAAGGUGUCAAUGUCGUUGUUUUUCCUGGCGAACGACGCACGGUCAAUAGAGCUGGACGCGAGGGGCGAGGGGGCCAGGCUGACUGGGAAGCAGCGAGCUCAGAAGGCUGGCCGUGCCUACCAUCCGAUCCCCUCUGCUGAGGUGCUUCAGCUGCUUGGAGAGGUGCCACCAGGCGCGAGGGCGGGAGGCUCCUCUGCGGACAGAAAGCUGACAGCUUUGCAGGGCUUUCUGGCGCCGAGGCGUGGCGGUCUUGGAGCUAAGAGGCAGCGGCGCCGAGCUUCCGCGGUGUCAGAGGGCAGCGGCGGCUUGAUGCGCAGGUGGCUGCUCCUGGCCGUGGUCUUUCUGCUGCUUCCAGACACGGCCUCACGUCAGAGGUCGCUGGCUGCGUCUCUGGCUGCGGAGCUUUCAAGCGCCCUUCCAUUCAGGGAGAUCGAGUUCACGGCAGCAGAGCCCUCGGCCCUGGAGAGCGCGGAAAGCGCCAGCACAGCGACGGCUCGGAGCCGAGCCGAGUUCGACGAGGAUCGCGCGGAGGAUGAAGCCAUCUCACUGGAAGUCCUCUCCCGUCGGGAUCCCCAGGGCUACCACCAGAUGCUCCUGGCCAUUCACGAACUCCGGCAGAGAAUUCGACUGGACAUCCACCUUGCGAUCCAGAGGAGCUCCUGUCUCCGCUGCAGCUUCCGGCACCGUCGCCGAAUGCCUGGCGGCCGAAAGCAGCAGGUACUUGGACUUGGUGAAGAGGCUCCGGAGCGUUUUCUUGGCCUCUUGGCACCGGCGCGCCGCGACUGCCAGGGCUGCCAGGGGCCGCUGGACCCAGAGAGGCUGAGGACGAUUGCGACUCUCGAGAAUGCUGCGAUGUUCGCCGACGGCAGUGCCCUUUGUAGCGACAUUUGUGUCAACCGUCGUGGUCGGGAAGUUUGGAGCUCCGACUUCGAAAAGAGCGGGGAGAAAUUCCUUUCAAAGUGCAAACUCCGCAAGCCACAAGCUGAUUCUGAAACUCUCACCGACCACGUGGAUGCGAAGCCGCGGCGAGGGGACGCAUUCCGUUCUGGCCGGCAAAGCUGUGCAGAAGCAGACGAGGCAGACGCUGCCAGCAGCAGCUUCGAGGCCUUCGGCCUCGCGCUAAGUGGCCUACUGCCCUGCAGCUUGCGGAUCAUGGCCAGAAUGCCCAAAGGCAACGCUCAGUCCUUGCCAGACGCUUGCUCAGAGAGAGAGGAGGCGAGAGCUUCGGUGCCUGAGGUGCUUUUCCCGAGUGCAGCGGUCUUGGGGCGGCGCAGCCGGCUGGUCUUCGAGGUGACGGGGAUUCCCAAGGAGGAGAAGUUUGCCCAGGUGGGCAUCGCCAGGGUCGGAGCUGACGAGGCGGAUGCCCUUCAGGAAGCCGCAGAGUCCAAGCUCUCUGCGAGGAUCCGAGAGUGGCUCUGCAGAGCAUUCCUUUUCUCUUGGCGAGUCUCUUUGCUGCCAGCGGCAAACUGGCCAAGGCUACAACCACCCUCAUGGCAAACGAAUUCACAGAGGGCAUUUGCAGACCGUGGGUUGACUUAA